AUGAGCCCCCCAACCCUCGAAACACUGCAAACCUGCCCACUGCUGAGGAAGCCUUUCCAUACAACAAACUCUCCUGCUCCAGCAAAAAACCCUCCAUUCUCCCUGUGGGACCUGCCACCCCCCUUCACUGAUGCCACUUUCCCCAAGGUAUAUGUGCCUUGGAACCACCUCACUGCAGGAUUCCCAGAAGAUCUCUGGAAAGACAUCACAGCCUCCCCCAACUCCUUCAUCACAGUGAUUCCUUAUGGUGCUGGACCAAAAUUUUACUCUGAAAACCCAAGAGCUGAUCUUCUCCUCAUGGAAUUCCUCAAUAGGUUUGACUUUCCAGACAAAGGUGCAAUCAUGGCAUUCUACCCUGUGGAAAUGGGGGAAGAAAGAAAAGGGAGGAACAAGGAGGAAGGCUGCAAUUGGAAGAGUGUCUUUGACAAACCAUGGCCCCUCAUUGUUACCAGUAUCUCAGAUGACUUCAUGAGAUUCAAUGCUUCACUGUCCCCUCACAUGUGGUGUGGAAUUUUGUCCCUUUCAACCCCAAAGCUCUCACAUGGGUUAUCACUGCUUUCCAGGGAAAUGUUGUCUACAAUGAUCCCCCCCUCAUUGCUGAAGCCCUAG